AUGCCGCCCCCUCCACCGGAACCACGCGACUCACCGUGGCGGACGACGACACCGCCAGAAGAUAGGAUCCGCUCCGUGCCCAUCCCAAGCGCACCAGCCGACCCGGGAUUCGUGCACCUCGGGCUCAUCGAGCUCCGGAAACGCCUGCGGGAUAUGGGCCCGACCUACUUGCGCACCCAUACCCUACCAGACAUUUUCGUCAAAGGCGUUGCCCUCCGUAGAAACUCAGCCCUGGCAUCCUCCGACCCUUCCCUCGCCUGGGAAGCGAAGCGAGAAGCAAGUGCGCCGAUGGGAGAUUUGCGCCGGGGGUUCGACGACGAGAUCUUCGUCCAGGUCAGAGUUAGGCCCCGUGAUGGGCGCAGGCCGUUCAUGGUGCAGCGCAGGUUUAGCCUGGCAGAUUUGCGUGCUACCAUCCCGGUGUAUGGCACGAUGGGAUGUUCCGAAAUUCGGUUAUCUUCGCGUCCCUCUUCCGCCGUCAACCUCACUGCUUCACCACUUCUUAGCUCCUCGGUAGGCGUAGCCACUGCCGCGCCGCGUGUGGGGCAGCGCCGCCAGCUCUCAAUAGCAGGUGCCAUGUGUGGGCCGCUUGCUCCCUCAAGGCAUAGGACGGCGAGCACUGGCGUCGAAGUCAAACUCCCUCCCCGCAACUAUAACAACGUGAUGCCCAUCCACCUCGAGUACGCUCGAUCCUUUCUGCCGGUGCUUGCCGCGCUACUCCUCUCGGGUUACGUCCGCGAGGGCGACGUGGUCGACGUGCCGGUCCCGCACCCGGCCGCGUGGCGGCAGACGGUGACCCACGUCUACACGGGGAUGGCGAGCUGA